AUGGUUCACAAACUUCGGAUCUUUCAGAAGAACAGUCACAUUAAUGGUGCAGGAAAAGCGAAAUUCAAAAUGAUUGAUCUUCUGGUGGAUUCAGGUUUCAGCUAUGAGUUCCUCAAACAGGCAACAAAAGAAGAGGAAGAACUUACUGCAGAGGAAAGAAGGAAACUGGAGAGAAAAUUAAAAAAAGAGCGUAAGAAGAAAGAAAAACAGCUGAUGAGGGAAGCUGGAAUCUCUACUAAAAAGGUGGAGCCCAAAAAGCAGUCAGGAUCUGAGCGAGCUCUGGCCUAUUUAACCAGCUGGUCUGAAAACCCAGAAGAAUGGAAGUUUCAAAAGAAAAGACAAACCUGGCUUCUCUGGAACAUGUAUGAUAAAGAGAAGGUUCCAGACAAGUAUUUCACAAUUCUACUGGAUUAUCUGCAAGGCCUUCAAGGUAGUGCGCGAGACUUAACUGUGCAGAAAGCUGAAGCUUUUAUGAAGGAAUUUGAUGGUUCCAAUGCAGAAGACCCAAACCUGCUGGAGAAGUGCGAGCGCAUACGACAAGUUCUGCAACUGCUGUCCUGAGGGUAUUUUUGUGUCUUAAUGGUUGUCUGGUGGAGAGAAGGGUAGGAUGUGUUAUACAGAUACUAUAAAUUAGUUGUAAAGACAUAUUUUCUAAUAAGAAUCCUAAAAUUAAAUUUUCAGAUUUUGUACUCAUAAUUGUUUCCAGUUGCAAAUAUUUAUCAUGUUUUUAUUUGAAAUAAAAAUACCAUAUUUGUUCCAUAGACAUGCUAUUUUGAUUAAAAAUAAUGUACUGCAUAUCUUUAGAAAAAUAAACCUCUCUUGUUAGUUUUUCUCCACCUCCCCAUGUAAUUACUGUUAAAUAAGAAGAGCUUUGCAGUUCUUAAUAAGAAGAGCAAAGGAACCAACGAAAAGCCUGGAGGGUCUUUUACAAUGGUGGCUUUUAAAAUGAGCGUACAGUACAGUGCUUGCUCAGCCAGCUGUAAUCUAUCACUUUCAGCUUUAGAAGUAUGUCAUUUGGAUUUGGGAAAGAUCGUUUUCAGUCUGUUGAACACUGGUUGUAUAACACAGUUGCUUGUUAGUACUUCAUGCAGUGAUCUGGAGAUACCAUCAGCUUUGGUAGUUUUCCUUUUAUAUUUUAAGGUUUUCAAAUGCUUUAUGGCAAUUGUUUAGAUAUUCAGAUAAUGCACAGAUGGGAACAGAUCAAAUCCUUUGACCAUAUGUAGUGAAAUCAUCUGAUUGUACCUAAACUUAGCCUACAAUGAGAAGUGCUGUGCUGCAACAUUCUGUAUCUAGCCUGCCAAUGCUGCAUUUGCAUCUUUUUCUUGUAAUUGGCAUCCAAAAGAGUUAAUUUGUGUUCAUUUGCUUUGACGUGGGACAUUUGUCUCCUAUGAACGCGCUGAAAACGAGGCUUUCAAGUAAAAACCGAGGACAUUAAUUACUCAAAAGUUGGAUGAUCGGCUGAUUUAAUAACACUUGUGUUCAGACAGCGUUCGUAACCUGAUUCUUUAAUGUUUCUGCAAACAUUGUUCAUACUUUAUUAAUAACAACUAUAUGAGAUGUGUAGUGUUUUAGAAGAGUGGCUGUCUUUGGGAAUUACGGCUUUAAUUUGGAUGGGUGAAGGAGGGGAGGAUCUAUGGAUAUGCAGGCCUAAUUUUUCAAUAAGAAGCAUUUGAGUGGUUUCGACAGCCUUCACAGUCAUGGAUUACUACAAAUCUUUAAAAGUAUGAAAUAUAUUGCCAGUAACAAAUAAAUUAUGCUUUUUGACGUCUUGAAGAUGAUGUUUGCAGCCAAAAAAAAAAUUGAGACCAGUAUGCCCUGCUCUAACACAGUAAUCUGCAAUGGAGCUUAACACAACAGCGAGCAGUAUGCAGCAGCAGCCCUCUCCAUUGAGCUGCUGGUGGUUCAUCAGCAGCUGGUGCUAUACCAGCACCAUCAGUGCUGGUCCUGUACCAUGGGGUGACAGUUGGAUGGGGGCUGCAGGAGAUGCAUGCAGUGGCGAAGUCUUUCUGAGGCCCAAAGCUGUAUAAAACUGAGCUUCCGGUGCAAAAGUUGGUGAAAAGUGUCUGUAAUAAAAAGAAGCGAUACUGGCGUUAAGAGAACUAGUGAAAGAUCUUUGGUUCUUAUAUUUUAUGUCUGAGAAUACGCAGCUGAGAAGGACUAUUGUCACUCCAAGCAGAAGCUGACACUUUUUUUCUUUCCAUCAGGAAAAGUAAGAAUUUCUCAGGGAUGAAGUCUUCAGUGUCUUUCUGUGACUUUGAUUGCAUUUUUGGUGUCAGAGAAGACUCUGUGUUCUCCCUUAGAUAUUUGAAAAUCACCACUUUAGGUUUCUCUGUCACACAGAAAUGUAGGUCCUCACUGUGCACUCAAUAUACCUUGUAGCUUAAAAGCACAAACACAUUGGAACCAUAUUUUGAAAGAGACUUGUAAAAGGGAUUGUAAAGGUAAGAUCCGGGCAAAAAGAUGUGAACCUUUGAUGAUUUUGACAGAUUUGGCAAGAUUUGCCUUUCUUGGACCUUGGUGCUGGCCAUAUGCAAAUCUAUGAGAAGGGAGGCUUUGUAGAUCAAGAAUGUCAUAUUUCUUUUUCUAUCAAUGAAUAUUAAAAGCACAUAAGGCCUGCCGAUCUGGAGUCCAUGUGAAAAAUAACAUUUGGAAAAGAACAGCUCGAGCCUCUCACCAGUGCGGUAAUAGCCCUCCGCGAGGGAGGUCCUGCUCUGCACUCCGCUUCCUCAGCUGCAGCUCCAGCUUUCCCUGCAGUGCUACCAAUUAUGGGGUGAAGGACAUGGUCUUUGGCCUCUGCUUCUUGCAGUUAUGGAAAAUUCAGAAGCUGAAAACUAAGGAGUGUUACAGAUGGUUGCUACUCCAAGAGAGGCACGAAGGGAAUGCGACAAAUGCCGUCCUUCUGCAAAC